UCAAAAAUUACUGGUAGUUUGAACUUCAACUCUUCUAGUAUUUAAUCAAAUUGUUUGGCGACAUUGUAUUAUGUUAAUCAUUUCAUUCAGUAUUUUUUUAGCUGAAGUUUUUAAGAUUAAGAAAUAAAUUUACACUGUAAUUGUAAGGUACAGUUAUUGCCGUAGUAUCGCUAAUAGUAAUAGUAAGUAGGACAACAUUGUUAAGGCCAGGUCGUUUUGAUCAAGCACGGAUGAAGUGGCGGUUGCUUGGAUCUGGUACUAGUAGCAGUUGACUCUGUCACUGUCUGGCUGAAUUUCAGCCAACAUAAUACAAUAUAAAAGUAUAACGCCUGCCAAAUGAGCCAGCCCAAAAUCUUUUAAUAGUGAGCCAAGGACAGUGAAUGGACCAUUGCGGAAAUAGGUUUCUGAAACUCAUCAUGGCAACAGAUAUGGUUUACAAAGAUCAUUUUUCAAGUAUUGUAUCUCGAAGUGGUAGUGGAGGAAAGGACAGGAAAGAUGCACAACAAAAUGUUUUUCGACCAACAAGGAAUGGUAGAGCAAGCCCAACACACAGUGCUCAUGGUUGUUUAAUGAGAACCAGUUUACAGAAACUCAGCCAAGAGAAGAAGGCCAAAAAAGUGAAGUUUUAUAGAAAUGGUGACAAGUUUUUUAAGGGUUUGUUUUAUGCUUUGUCAUCAGAGCGAGCAAGGACGCAUGAGGCAUUGUUGGAAGAUUUAACAAGGUGCCUGGUUGACCAAGUGAAUCUCCCAAAAGGUGUAAGAUAUAUCUUUAGUGAAGAUGGAAAAGAAAAAAUAACUUCACUUGAUCAGUUUCGAGAUGGAUGUUCAUAUGUAUGCUCAUCUACUGACAGUUUUGAAAAACUAGAUUACAGCAGAAUUUCGCAUCGCAUCUGGAAUGUACAAAAGAAACAGGAAGAAGACUUAUCUUCUUCUCGGUCAGAGCAAUCUUCAGAAAAUUCAGUCAAAGACUCCAAAGAAUUCAUUAAGCCAAAGCUAAUAACUGUGAUAAGAAAUGGUGUAAAACCUCGUAAGGCUGUACGGAUUUUACUAAAUAAAAAGACGGCAAGGUCAUUUGAUCAAGUUUUAAACGAUAUUACAGACUCCAUCAAGUUGGAUAGUGGUGCCGUACGUAAAGUGUUCACUUUAAAUGGAAAGCAGGUGGUGAGUCUGGCAGAUUUCUUUGGAGAAGAGGAAAUAUUUAUUGCUUAUGGACCUGAAAAAUAUUCUCAUGAUGACUUUGACCUUGAUUCUGAAGAAUGUAGGUAUCUCACAAACAUCACUCGGUCAUCUACAAUGAACAGAAAGUUGAGACGAAGUAUUGGAAAUCCUCUGUCACCCACUCCGCAGAGACGAGUUUCUUCUCCUGCACAUCACCACGAAUACUUUGAAUCUCCUGUAACCAGUGGAAAGAGUUCCCGUGCAGCUUCACCUAAGUCACCCCGGCAGGUCCGCCCAAAAUCCCCAGGUAGUCAAAGCAGCUUACAAAAUGGCCACUUGUCACCACUUCCAAGCUUACCACGACAGAUAACUCAGCUAUAUGAUGUCGGGAAGUUGAUCGGAGAUGGAAACUUUGCUGUAGUCCACCACUGUAUUGAAAAAGUUACACAGAAGGAGUUUGCCUUAAAGAUUAUUGAUAAAACAAAGUGUGCAGGGAAGGAACAUCUUAUUGCCAGUGAAGUUGCCAUCAUGCGUAGAGUAAAACAUCCAAAUAUUGUUCAUCUUCAGGAGGAGUUUGAUGUGGAUAAUGAACUGUACUUAGUGAUGGAACUAGUAAAGGGAGGAGACCUUUUUGAUGCCAUAGCUUCAGCAACAAAGUACACUGAAAGAGAUGCCAGUGGAAUGGUAUAUAACCUAGCCAGUGCUCUCCUUUAUUUACAUUGUAUGAACAUUGUUCACCGUGACAUCAAGCCUGAAAACUUGUUGGUAGUAGAGCAUGAAGACAGCAGCAAAUCUCUUAAACUUGGUGAUUUUGGACUUGCUGUAGAAGCUAAUGAAUCUCUAUAUGUUGUCUGUGGCACACCGACAUAUGUUGCUCCUGAGAUCUUGGCAGAAACUGGGUAUGGAUUGAAAGUUGACAUCUGGGCUGCUGGAGUGAUAACAUAUAUCCUUCUCUCUGGUUUUCCACCAUUUGUUAGUGAAACAAAUGACCAAGACGAACUAUUUGACCAGAUUUUAGCAGGAAAGUUUGAAUUCACUAGUCCAUUUUGGGAUGAUAUCUCUGAUUCAGCAAAGGAGCUGAUUUUGAACAUGCUUCAGGUUGAUCCUCGGAGCAGGUUCUCUGCUUCCCAAGUUCUGGAACAUCCCUGGGUAGCAGCUGAUACUGCUCGAGACAACGAUAUGCACUUGACUGUCUCACGAAAACUUAGCAUGCACUUUGACCAUAAGCCUAAAUCUUCACUCCAAUCUGCAGGCAUUGCUCUGAUUGCUUCUACUGCUUUGGACAAAGGGCCCAACUAUUUCAAUUAUCAUCAGCAGAAUAAGUCGGCCAACUUCCAUACUUCAGCCAUUCCAGCUUUGACAGAAUAAAGACCUGGUGUUUAGUUUGGUAGAGCUGUAGCCAGCAUUUACAGUUCACUCACUGCCAAUAAAUGAUUUGCUUUUGAUGCUUUUUUUUUCUAUUUACAAAACCUGCCAAUGUUUCAAUUUUCAACUUGGUUUGAAUAAAAUAGUUGCGUGUGUUAACAGAAUUGCAAAGUAGAACUGAUAAACAAAUGUUAAUUUCUCAGAGCACCUUCGUCCAUAUAAAGUUAAAUAAUUCAUGGUCUAUAAGAAGUUUAGUAAAUAGAUAUAAUGAAUUUUAUUAAAAAAUCAUUGUACAAGUCAAGUUUUUCUUCUCGUGAGUUUGAUCUAAACACAGUUAAAAGAAAAAAAUGUACCAUAAUACUUUAAUGUAUCUAAUAAUAUGUAUUAUUGUAGAAGUAAUGGAGUUUAUUAUACAUUUAAUUCUUAAUUUCAGGAAAUAACUAGAAGACUUUGAGUUUGUUUAAAGUAAUACUCUUCAAUCUUAUAGUAAGAACUGUACAGUGUGGGUCAUUUGAUUCUGCUUAUUCACUCUUGUUUUUUUAAACCUUGCAUUAAGAUUGUACUGAAUUUCUCACUGUUCUAUUUAAUAUACAAAAAAUAAUGAUACUUUGCUUAGAACCUUCAAUGAAGACAGAGUGGUAUUAGGGUUCUGUUAUUGGUUCAAAUUUGAUCGUGUUUGUGUACUGCAGCAUUUCUAAUUUCAUAAUGCAUUGUACUUGGAUUUUUGUUUUGUACUGUUUCUGCUGAAGUAAUAGUAACCCUUAUGUGUAUGAGUAUUUAUAUUUAUUUUGUCCUUGAGUACUUAAAUCAAAUAAUUAUAACCAAAGACACUAAAUGUCUGUUUUUUAUAUAAAACUUAUUUCUCAUUUUUUAACUUGUGUAUUAUUUUAUGUUAUCCAGUUUGUGCCAAAUGUAAAGUUAUAAUUCAAAAUUAUUUAUCAGUAACAAUUUUUAAUGUGUCCUGAAGUCUGCAAUAUUAUUUCGAAUUUAUGUAUGAAGUAAAUGGAAAAAGAAAUUGUAGCAAAACUUUAGUUCCUAAUAUUUUUAUUUUACUUACUAAUAUUAUGUAGUGUUCAGUAGUUUUAACAGAAUGUAUUGCUUAUACUUAGUUUGUAAUAUUUCAACUUUUAAUAUUAAUAUUGUCAAUAAGAGUUAGUAGCAUUGACAGUAUGUCACAGAAUCUUUUGAGCUGUUAACAGAUAAAUUUGGUCAUCACAAGACAAUCUGGUAUUGAUGUUACACUGUUUACACAUGUAAACUAGUUACUGAAAAGGCUUUUAUUAUUCCAUAUUCAUAUAUGUCUUAUUUCUUUCUGUCUUUGACUACUUGGUCUUUGUAAUAGACUACUACAAACUUCCUGCCUAAAUUUAUAACUAUAAUUUCAAUGAUACUGCACUAGAUUAAAGAUUUGCAGCCUUUAUUUUUAUCCACUAAUUAUAGUUUUGUCGUGGAGAUGUGUGCAUGUUUUAGAUUUACCAAAAGUCAAACUGUAUAUACAUUUCUCAGAAUCAACGUAUACAAUUUUCUGAAUUUACAAGAUUCAAAAUUUGUUAUUAAAAACUUCCUAUCGCUAUUUUAGAGCAACAUUUAGCAAUCUGACUGAAGAAUGGCUUUUGUACUGAAUAUCUUGAGUAGAUAACGUGAAGAUUUAUUUAGAAAGUUGCUUGAGCAAGAAGUAAAGUUGCAUUUAUUGAUAAAAGUGAAAGAUGAAUUUAUAAAGAUAGGCAAUAUAAUUAUACAUAGGUCAUGAUAUCUGAUAAUUAAGUAAAUGUCAAUGAAACAUAAUAUACUAGUUUCUAUAUUGAUGUAAGACUUAGAAUUUUCCACAAUGUCUGUAACAUACUGUAAAAGAAAGACAAAGAGAUUUUCGUGUAAAGUGAAUUAUAGAACUGGCAAUGCAACAUAAUGUCAUGUACAUUGGAUAAGAAUUUUACAUUACAUUAUUGCAAUACAUCUAAACUUCAAAUAAGGAAACAUCAAAGGAAUUUCUCAAAAAUAUAAAGAACUGUAUUCAGACUUAAAGUAAUAAUUCUAUAAUACUAGUGUAAUAUUCUUCAAGAAAUCUAUUCUUGACUAUAAAGGCUAACAAAAAAUAAAUUAUUUGUGUUGUGUUUAACUGAUUUGUGUUUUGCUAGUUUGUGCUUGUAAUCUCACGUAUAUAAAAUGAAGUGAUAGUUAUUUCACGUGGCUGUGAAACUUUUCAUAGAAUCUAUACUUUUACUACCAGCAUCAUUUUAAUUCUCUUAUAGAUAAAGAAAAAAACUAAACAGUUCCCGGGUCGUAAUACUUGUAUGAGUUUAUAUAUGGCUCAAAUUUAAAACUAGAAUAAAGUGGUUUGAAAAACGAUA